GGCCAAGACCAUCAAGAACACGGCAUCAGUGAACCUGGAGCUGACGGCCGAGCAGUGGAAGAAGAAGUAUGAGAAGGAGAAGGAGAAGAACAAGACGAUGAAGGAGACGAUUGGGAAGCUGGAGGCUGAGCUGAGUCGCUGGAGGAACGGGGAGAACGUGCCAGAGACGGAGCAACUGAGCGAGGAGGAGAAGCUGGCGCCUGACACCUGUGACGAGACGCCCGUCAACGACAACGCCUCGUCCAUCGUCAUCCGCAUCUCCGAGGAGGAGCGGCACAAGUACGAGGAGGAGAUCCGCAAACUGUACAAGCAGCUGGACGACAAGGACGACGAGAUCAACCAGCAGAGCCAGCUGAUGGAGAAGCUCUCACAGCAGAUGCUGGAGCAGGAGGAGCUGCUGGUGUCGACGCGUGGGGACAACGAGAAGGUGCAGCGGGAGUUGGGCCGGCUGCAGGCGGAGAACGACUCAGCCAAGGAGGAGGUGCGCGAGGUGCUGCAGGCGCUGGAGGAGCUGGCCCUCAACUAUGACCAGAAGGCGCAGGAGGCAGAGGAGAAGGGGCAGCAGAACCAGCUGCUGGUGGACGAGCUGUCCCAGAAAGUGAGCACCCUGCUGGCCCUGGAGACGGAGCUGCAGCGGCUGCAGGAGUUCGGCGCCCACCAGCGCAAGCGUGUGGCCGAGGUCCUCAACGGGCUCAUGAAGGACCUGAGCGAAUUCAGUGUCAUCGUGGGGAACGGGGAGAUCAAGCUG